AUGUCUUUUGCAGGUCCUUCCUCCAUAUAUGAUAUUCAAUACUAUGGUGAUUAUAUUAUCACAACGGUUACAACAGCAGCUGUUGUUGUCCAUGAAUGGAUAGCUAAUACACUGCAUAUCCACAAGCAUAAACUAAGCAAACUUCUCAUUGGCCUUGACACCGAAUGGUGUAUGCCUACUGAACCAGAUGGACACCAACAAGUUGCCAUCAUUCAACUCUGUGUGGGUAAAACAUACCUUAUAUUUCAACUUUACCAAGCGUAUGAUAUCCCACCAUCUUUGAUUCAAUUUCUUGGGCACAAGAAAUUCAAAUUUGUUGGUAAAGAGGUGCGGAAUGAUGCUUACAAACUAUUUGAAAAUUAUAAGUUGCAUGUGGCUCAUACAAAAGAUGUAGCCUACUAG